AGAUGUCUCAAUUCGGAGGCGGAAAACCGCCUGGCCAAUGGCAUCGUCCAGCAGCUCCCGGAGGUGCACCCCAACUAUCCGGCUUCUCUGCUGUUAACUUCGGUGGAGUACCAAUGGUUGGAAUGGGCGUCCCAAUGGGAAUGGUCAAUCAAGCCGCCUUUUCGUCUCAAGGAGUCCUCGGAAUGCAGGGAAUAAUGGGAGCAGUCCCGCAACAAUCUCUUCCUCAACAGCAACCGAAUUUCCAACAACAAAAUAGUCUUCAACAAGGGACCAACAUGCAACAGAACUCGGGAGCCAAGAAUCAACGAACUUUCGUUGGAGUUGUGACCAAAAUGUUGGAUACCUACGGAUUCGUCGACGAUGAUGUAUUUUUUCAACACAGCGUCAUCCGAGGAUCUCAUCCACGUGUUGGUGAUAAAGUGAUGGUAGAAGCCAACUACAACCCAUCAAUGCCGUUCAAAUGGAACGCUUAUCGCAUUCAGCUUCUCAACGCGGCUACUCAACAAGAACCUGCUCGUCAAGCUCCUCAACAACAGCAAAUGCACCAACCACAACGCGGUGGCCAAGAAUCUCAGAGAUGGGGCGCCGCGCCGGCUUCAGGAACUUCCGAUCGUGCUGACAGAAAUGGCGGUGCUCGAGGAAAUGAUAGUCCUCUACAUCGAAGUAGUGCAGCUCGUCGACAUUCACCACCACCACGGCGCGCUUCUCCUCCCCGGCGAACAAGCAGUCCAAAGAGAGACGCAAGACCAGCAAGAGAGAUCAGAGAUUCCAGAGAACCUAGAGAAGUUCGUCGUUCACCACCACCACGGAGAGCCGCCUCACCAAGAAAAGCUUCAUCUCCAAGUGCUCCAGCGAAAAACGAUAGAAAACGCGAGAGAAGUCCUAGUGGCUCCGUGGCUCCGUCUGUUCGUCGUGAAUCUGCUAGUCCACCAAGGCGGCGUGCAAGAAUCAUUCCUCGCUACGAGUGCCGUGCACAAAAACCAGCUCUGCUCUCGCCUAUCGUUUCUGGAUCAGUGCUCCGUCAUCGAUAUUCGAAACUCUACCUUCCAUCUGAUUAUGUGGAUCUAUCGUUCGAUUGGGUUCGAUCAUUUCAACUCGAUUUAUCACUUGAUCUAAGCAAUCCAAUUCAAUUCCACGUGUUCAAUAAAGACGUGGAUUUCAUUGGAGAAGAAGAGAUUCAGGAUUUGGAUCCAGAAGAUGCUGAUCAUCGUCAUCAAGUUAAAGUGCUGCUUUUGUCUCACGCUGGAAAGUCGGAAGUUGUCAAAAAAGCAUUCUGUCUAAUGGCCGAUGGUACUACUGAUGACCAUCAGGAACCUCAAAGCCUGUUGAAGAAUUUGCACUUUUUAGUUGGCGCACGUGGCAAGGAAACCAUGGGAAUCGGUGGCAGUUGGUCGCCAUCUCAAGACGGUGCUGAUCCGAAUUCCGCGACCACCAUGAUCCGUACAGCGGUCCGUACAACAAAAUCACUGACUGGAAUCGAUUUGUCUUCGGUUUCUCAAUGGUUCUCGAUGGUCCAAAUUCGCUACUACCGUGCCGAUAAGCAACGCAUUGAUCACGUCAACUAUCUUCUGCCCGACACACAAUCAUUGGCUCUAGAUGAUGCACAAUGGAUGUUGGCAGAGACGAAGAUUGCCGAGCAGCUCAAGGCCAAGCUGGCCAACGUGGACGCGCUGAAAAUUGAAGAGGAUGAACCGCCUGUUGUCAUGAUGGUUGAAGAAUCCGAAUCUGUCGUCGCCGCCGCCGCCGCCGCUGCAGAUGUUGUUCCAGAGCAGUCUAUUCCAGAUGUGAAAAAAGAAGAGGAGCUUCAAGCCGAAGAGCCAAAGGUUUUGGAUAACGUCAAGGCGGAAGAAAGCGAUGUUGUUGCCGACGUGAGUAUGAAUAGCACUACGGAUGCAGACAAUUCUGAAGCUCCCGCUGCAGAAAAUGGACAAGGACCAACUAACUGGAGCAAUCUUGACCCGAAAUCGAUGAAAGUUGCCGAGCUUCGUGUCGAGUUGGAGCUUCGUGGUCUCGAAACGAAAGGAAUCAAGACACUUUUGGUUCAGAGAUUACAGACCGCUUUGGACACGGAAAAGGCUGCUGAAGCUUCAGUUGCUGCUAGGGAUGUUGAGAUGAGAGAUGCUGCCGAAAAUGCAGUGAAACAAGAAGGCGGAGAAGAGAAUCCGGCUGCAUUCAUAGCACCAUCCAUAGAGGAAACCAAGGCAAAAACCGAAGCUGAAGCCAAGAAAGAGGCGGAGGAAGCAGAAAAGCGGAAGAAAAAGGAAGAACAACUCGAGAAGGAGAAGAAGGAGAAACGUGAGGCUCUGGAGAAACAUUAUCAACUUCCAAAGGACAAGAAGAUCUUGGUUUUCCCAUCAAAAUCCUUCAAAUCUGGGAAGUUUGACUGCAAAGUUCUCAGUUUGAGCUCUCUCUUGGAUUACCGUCACGAUGAUAACAAGGAAAAUCAGUUCGAGGUCUCCUUGUUCGCUGAAGCUUUCAAAGAGAUGAUCGAGAGAAAUGCCGCGUUCACAAUCUACGAGACUCUUGCCAAUUGUGGAGAUCGAGAUGCUGAGAAGAAGCGCCGUGAUGAGGCGAGAGAGAAGCCAGUCGAGCCGAAAGAGCCAAAAGAACCUGCUGAAACUACAGAAAAAGCAGCUGAAGGAGAGGAGAAAAAAGAUGAAAAGGAAGAGAAAAGGGAUGAAAAGAAAGACGAGAAGAGGGAGGAAAAGAGGGAGAAAGUCGAGCGAAUCGAUCUCAAAUCAGUUGUUGCCAAUCGUACUGUAUAUGAAGCCUUCUCGCUUUUUGAUUCAAACCUUUGCGGUUAUUUGACCGAAAAGGACAUUGAAGAGAUCCUCUACAACGGAGAAUUCGGAAUAUCCAGAGGUCAAAUCCAAAAGCUCGCCAAGAAGUUGUCAGUCCGAGACAAGAUCAACUACCGUCACCUGACUGAUGUUCUAACCGAUAUGGACGGAAAUGUACGGCAUACUCCAGGAGGAGCCGAUGAUGUAGUGGAGACUGACGACUUGAUUCGAGGAUUCGGUUACAAUUUGGCGAAGAGCAUGGAACCAGCUGAUUCGGGAGCGGCGGUAAAAUCAUCGGAAGUUUCUGCUUCGUCGGAUGGAGUCGUUAUUAUCAAUGGAUCAGCGGUGAAUGUUGUGCAGAAGAUGAAGCUGCUGAAGCAAGUUGAAAAGGAGAGAGAUGAGGCGAAGAGUACUGUUAGUGAGCAGCUUUCAUUAAUCGAGCAACUUCGAGAAGCCAAGGCUGAAAUCGACAAGAAAAAGAAGGACAUUGACUCUCACUACCACAAGUCCAACAAGAAAUUGAAUGAGACAAGUGCUCAGCUGAAGUCCACUCAAGAUGAGAAUUCUGCUCUGAAACAGGCCCUUCAAGACUGCAAACGACAUGCUGAUCGCAUUUUUUCUGUAGUUGAGAAGGUUAUGCCACCACCACCAAAGAAGGAGGAGAAGAGCAAGAAGGACGAAAAGGAGAAAACCGAUAAGAAGGAUGACAAAGUAUCCGAGAAAUCCGCUGAAAAAUCAACUGAAGAACCUUCUCAAGAAGUUCCAGCGAGUGCUGAGCAGGCUGCUGAGCCAUCUACAGAAGCAGAACCAAUUGUUAUUGAUGAGUCUGAGGAUAAAGACGCAGAAGUUGUGGAAGAAUCCAAGGAAUAGAAAAAACAAAUCUCUCCCUCUACAAUUAAUGAUCUAUUUUUUUCUUCUUUUUUUUGGUUUUCUUUAACUUUUAAAUGUUGUUCUUUAAAUGACGUCCCGUAAAUAACCAUAAUAUAUCUAAAUAAAUGAAAUAUAUA